CCGUUUUUUUUUCAUUCUUUGAGCACGUUUCUGCCAUUAUAACGUCGCAUUACGUCCCACAACGAUGGCUCCUCAACGUAUUUCCCUCCUUUCAUCGCUAGGGUAUCUGUCCUGCCUUCUAUCGCCGGUUGUCGCCCAGACGUUCUCGUUCUGCAACCCGUUGCUGGUUGACGGCUGCCCUAAUGCCCCGGCUUUGGGACAGAACUUCACCACUAAUUUCACCGAUCCACUGAACACCAAAAUCUGGAAUGCUACCAAUGGAGUUGUUGAUAUCACUCGCACUGGCGCCAAUUUUACAAUCAGGAGAGAACUCGACUCGCCAACCCUUCAAACGUUCUUCUAUAUCUUCUUCGGCACCGUCGAAGUCCAUCUGAAGGCUGCGACUGGAAAAGGUGUGGUUAGCAGUGUAGUCAUCCAAUCAGAAGCAUUGGAUGAAAUUGAUUGGGAGUGGGUUGGCUCAGAGACAACCCGAGUUCAAACCAACUAUUUCGGCAAGGGAAACACCACCUCCUAUGACCGCGGUAAGAAUUUCGACGUUGAUGGACCUAUGGAUACAUUCCAUAACUAUACUGUCAACUGGACGCCAGAAAAAAUCGAAUGGUAUAUCGAUACCGUACUUGUCCGAACUCUACUGUACGAAGAAGCCCUUGGUGGAAAGAACUUUCCCCAAACUCCGUCAACCGUUCGCCUGGGUAUCUGGCCGGGUGGAGACCCGCACAACCAGAAAGGUGUUAUUGAAUGGGCUGGCGGUGAAAUCGACUAUGAUAAUACCCCGUAUACCAUGAGUGUUAAACAGUUGAAGGUUGUUGAUGCUCAUAGUGGGAAAGAAUAUCAAUAUUCCGACAAGUCUGGUGACUGGCAAAGCAUCAAAGUAAUAGAGGGUGUUUCUGAUAUCACAAACGAGAUCAACAAGCCCCCACCAAAGUCUCUUGCACAAAGAUGGCGAGAACUAUCAUCUGGGGCUAAGAUCGCUAUAUUUGCCUCCAUUGGCGGAGCUGUCAUUCUGGGUAUGGGAAUUAUAGCAUUCUGCUGUGUCAAGCAACGCCGAGCUGGACGACGCGAGUUCUCCAUGGAAAACAGCAAAUUCAUUGAGGAUCAGAACAACGUCAUGGCCAUGAGGACUCAGUGGAGCCAUAAGUAUAAGCCAGUCGGUAGUUGAUAAACCAUGUCC